AUGGCUGAUCAACUGAACAUGGGAGGGCUCUCCCUUGGCCCCACCCCUCAGGAGCAGCACCCUCCUACCAAGCGAUCUUACAUCCCACCUCAUAUGAGAGGUAGCACGGGCCCCGGACCCAUGAACGGUCCCCCUGGUCCAGGUCCAGUUCCUGGCCCUGGCCCCAUGGCCGGUCUCAACAGCAGCGCCUGGGCAAACAACAACUCCUACGACAACCGUCCCAACUGGAAUGGCCCUCCUCCCCGCAACAACGGGUUCAGAGGAGGACAGCCCCAUUCCUUCGACCCCAACGCGUACUCCGGUCCCGGUGGACACACUGGAGGUGGUGGUGGCGGCGGCGGCGGAGGUGGCGGAGCUAGGGGCUCUGGGGAUGGUCGCUGGAUUGAGGGAAAACAUGUUCCUGGUCCUGCCAACCCUCGCGUUGAGCGCGAACUCUUCGGCACUCACGAUGACCCGUCCAAGCAGCACACUGGCAUCAACUUCGAGAAGUACGACGACAUCCCCGUCGAGGCCUCCGGUCAAGACGUGCCUGAGCCCGUCCUCACUUUCUCCAACCCACCUCUGGACGACCACUUGAUCUCCAACAUCGCGCUCGCCCGAUACACCAACCCCACCCCGGUGCAGAAAUACUCCAUCCCCAUCGUCAUGGGUGGCCGUGACCUGAUGGCUUGCGCUCAGACUGGUUCCGGCAAGACUGGCGGUUUCCUCUUCCCUAUUCUCUCUCAGGCCUACAAGACCGGUCCCUCUGCCAACCCUGUUGGUCAGGGUGGCUUCGGCCGUCAGCGCAAGGCCUAUCCCACAUCUCUCAUCCUCGCCCCCACCCGUGAGCUGGUCUCCCAGAUCUACGACGAGGCCAGGAAGUUUGCCUACCGUUCUUGGGUACGACCUUGUGUCGUCUACGGUGGAGCUGAUAUCGGGUCUCAGCUUCGUCAGAUCGAGCGUGGAUGCGAUCUGUUGGUGGCUACUCCGGGACGUCUGGUCGACCUGAUAGAGCGUGGUCGCAUCUCCCUGCAGAACAUCAAGUAUCUUGUCCUUGACGAGGCUGACCGCAUGCUUGACAUGGGUUUCGAGCCUCAGAUUCGACGUAUUGUGGAAGGUGAGGACAUGCCUGGCGUGCAGAACCGCCAGACACUCAUGUUCUCUGCCACUUUCCCUCGCGACAUUCAAAUGCUUGCCCGCGACUUCCUUAAGGACUACGUCUUCCUUUCCGUUGGUCGUGUCGGUUCCACUUCUGAGAACAUCACUCAGAAGGUCGAGUACGUUGAGGACAUCGACAAGCGCUCUGUUCUGCUUGACAUCCUCCACACCCACGGUGCUGGUCUGACUCUCAUUUUCGUCGAGACCAAGCGCAUGGCGGAUUCUCUGUCCGACUUCCUUAUCAACCAGAGCUUCCCAGCCACGUCGAUCCACGGCGACCGCACACAGCGUGAGCGUGAGCGGGCGCUUGACAUGUUCCGCAACGGUCGUUGCCCCAUCCUUGUCGCAACUGCUGUUGCUGCCCGUGGUCUCGAUAUUCCCAACGUCACCCACGUUGUGAACUACGAUCUGCCCACCGACAUUGACGACUACGUGCACCGUAUCGGUCGUACCGGCCGUGCCGGUAACACGGGUAUCUCUACUGCCUUCUUCAACCGCGGCAAUAGGGGCGUCGUGCGAGACCUCAUCGAACUGCUCAAGGAGGCCAACCAGGAGGUUCCUCAAUUCCUUGAGACCAUUGCUCGUGAGUCGUCGUUUGGUGGAGGUGGCCGUGGCCGUGGCGGCGGCGGGCGUGGCCGCGGAGGAGGCGCCAACCGCGACUUCCGAAAGUUCGGUGGUGGUGGUGGAGGCGGCUUCGGCGGUAGCGGCGGUGGCGGUGGCGGCGGUGGCUUCGGUGGCCCACCCCCCAACAGCGGUUAUGGUGGUGGUGGCUACGGCGGACCACCUCCCGCUCCCAGCUACGGCGGUGGCGGCUACGGCGGUGGCUACGGUGGCGGCUACGGCAACCCCGGUGGCCCGGGUGGCCAGUCGUCCUGGUGGUAG